AUUCACACGUGAUGUUCACUGCAGCUUCGCUUGCCCAAAUCGCCCCCUUACGUUUCUCUAUAUUUCAUUUUCCACAGCUAUUGUUUCUGCAUUCUCUCCUCCAAACAGAGCACAUCGCAGAGAGAGAGGUUCUACCUUAUCCAGUUUAGGGUUUCAAAUCUUCCCUGUGUUUCAGACGUAUCAAAACCCUAAACAGGAUCAGGUCUGAGCAAUCUGGUUGGUAGGACCUUCUGUCUUGGAGAGUUAAGUUUCAUGUCUGAACUAGACGCACAGAUUCCUACUACCUUCGAUCCCUUUGCUGAGGCAAAUGCUGAGGACUCAGGUGCUGGGUCAAAGGAGUAUGUGCAUAUUCGUAUACAGCAACGAAAUGGUAGAAAAAGCUUGACAACUGUCCAGGGAUUGAAGAAGGAAUUCAGCUAUAACAAGAUACUUAAAGACCUUAAGAAAGAGUUCUGUUGCAAUGGUACAGUUGUUCAGGACCCAGAACUAGGACAGGUUAUUCAACUUCAAGGUGAUCAGAGGAAGAAUGUUUCUACCUUCCUCGUCCAGGCUGGUAUCGUGAAGAAGGAGCAUAUUAAGAUUCAUGGUUUCUGAGCAAUUGGAAACCUGAGUGUCAAAUCGUACUGGGCUCACUUCAAGUUGGGCGUAUAUGUGACUCUGGUGUUUCUUAUGUUCUGUUUUUCAACAUUUGCGAUUUGAUGUGUGAUCAUGGAAUGUAUGACAUUACCUGCUAUUUGCUUCAAUAACAUGUAUCAAAGAAGUUUAAUAGAGUUCUAUAAAACUAUAUUUCACAUU